GCGGCUGGACAGCCAUGACCCCCGGGAAGGCUCCUAGGACCGCUCCCGCUCCCGCUCCCGCUCCCGCUCCGGGUCCCUCCCCCGGUCCUGGUCCCGGUUCUGGUCCCUGGUCCCUGGUCUGGUGCCCGCGCCCGCCGCUCGCCCCGUGAUGGGCUCCUGCGUGUCCAGCGAAUUUGUCUCGAGGGUCCACAAGGAUUACUCCAUGCCUGGAUGUGUGGCCCACCCCACGCCGGGCACCCCCAUCUGCUGCCUGCCACCCGCCACUCCACCACCUCUCUCUGGGAAGGAAAAACGGAUGGAUUUCUGCUGGGAUCCCUGGCAGAGGUGCUUCAAGACCUCCAACCUCAUCCUCUCGGAGUCCCAAUCCUGCUCUGGCAACUACAAUGUGGCCGCGCUAGCAACCUCCUCCUUGGUGGGGGUCGUCCAGAGCAUCAAGGACCACAUCACCAAGCCCACGGCCAUGGCUCGGGGUCGCGUGGCCCACCUCAUCGAGUGGAAGGGCUGGAGCGCCCCUGGGGCGGGCUGGGCCCCUUCGCCGGCUGAAGAAGAACACUACUGUCACCUUCCCGAUGAGCUGCGGGAGGCCCGCUUUGCAGCAGGGGUGGCCGAGCAGUUUGCCAUCACGGAAGCCACGCUGAGCGCCUGGUCCUCGCUGGAUGAUGACGCGAUGCUCUACGGGGACCGCUACGGGGACCACUACAGGGACCAUGCCCAGGAUGCCAUUCAGCUCCAAGACCUGGAGAACAACUUCCUUCAAGACAGCCUUCAGAGUGGCCCCCAGAGACAGGGUAACUCCACCCUACAUAGCAGCCUACAGGCCUUCUCCUCUUCUCUCAACUCCCCACUCCCCCAGGCCCACCCCCUGACAGGGGAAUGGGACUUAUGCCAGGGGCCCCUGGCGGGGCUGGAGCACCAGAUAUCCCAGCCAGAGGGUCUGGAGAAGCAGGAAUGGCAAUCAGAGUCCGCCCCUCCCCUGGCCCCCGUGGACAGUGGCGACGUCCAGCUCCCACUGACCAGCUUCCUCCGCUACGUGGACAGCAGUUCCCUCUCGGAGGAUGAAGUGUUCUACAACUGAGGCCGGGGGCACAGGGGGAGGGACAAUAGGGUAAUGAAGGUGGGAUCCCACCCAGAGGCCCAGGAAGCCCAGCGGGAUGGAUGAGCUGGGGUCUGGGGCCUAGUCGUGGUGCCUCCGACUAGAGCCGUGCCCCGGGGCUCCAGCGCGGGAGUGUUGCCUGGUAGUGGGGACCCCCACCCCCGGGCCUGCCAGGUGGUGGGUAGGGAUCCCAUGUCUGGGCAGUGCCUCAGUUACCCCAAUCCUCCAGCUCGGGACUGGGGAUACUCCUGUGAAGGGGUCUGACCUUGUCUUCUGGGCCCAGUAGACCUCAUGAGUCCCUUGCCCUCUCUAAGGAAGAUGGGAAGAAGGGCAAGCAGGGAACAGGAUGGGAAAGGCCAAGAUUCCUGGGAAUCGGUGCCUCAGUUUACCCCCCAGAUCAUGAGAGUCAAGCCCUCUCCCUCCACCCCUCUGUCCAGGAAUGGAGGAGAAAGGGAGGCAGGAUUUGUGACCUGCCCCUCACAGCUCUCCAUGUUCCUCCCCUCCCUCUAUGGGUGCUCUUACCCCUCCCCAACUUUGAUGCCAGGAAGGGGAGUCAAUAACAGGGCCUCUCGUACACUUGGGAUUUUGCCCCUGGCACAAACCUUCCCUGCCGGAUGCUGCUUAACUGCCAGUGACGGGGGCCCAGGUUGGCAAAGGGGUCACUGGGAGCCCUCUCUCCUGGAUCCCAUGCCUGACUCUGCCCCGCAACUGGCAGGUUUUCCGGGAGAGACUUCUCCUCUCCCCACCCUGUGACUCCUGUCUCUAAAAUGCCCCCCACCCCCCACGCACCCCGGGCAGCUGAGACCCUCCCUCCCUCCCUCUCCAUGACACUUCACUGUGACCGUCCGUCCAUCUGUCCUUGAGCCGGGGGCCCUGGUCCUCACUCUCUGAAAGCGACUCCUUGGUCUCCCGAGGUCCGUACACGUUACACGUGCCCCCCACCCUCCCACAGUGACCAUGACCACCGCUGACCACUCGGCUGGGGCCUGGGGUGGGUAGUCCCUGCUCUCGCUGGUGACAGUGUCUCCCUCCCUUCCUCUUGAUGUUCUCUGAAGACAUUAAAGUGGUCUGGUGGAUUGA